AUGCACUCCACCUUGACGCGAGUCCAGAAUGUCUUCGGUUUCUUCACUUCCGUCGCAUGCGCCGUCGCCGCAGUCAUUGCUCUCAGCGUGGUCUUGAGUCCUCAAACUCCUUCGGCAAGCCUGGCGCUGAAGAAUGUUCAAGUCGUCAAAGGUCGGCCACAUUACUACAGCACGAAGAAGGAGGAGUACGCGCACGUGAGAUUCGAUCUCGACACGGACCUCACCUCCCUCUUCAACUGGAACACCAAGCAGAUCUUCAUGUACAUCACCGCGACCUACCCUUCCUCAUCACCGUCGACGAUUCCGCCCUCCGAAGUCGUCGUCUGGGAUGCGAUAAUACCCUCCGACUACGCUCCCUUCCAUCCCAACACCUACAUCCACCCCACCUCCAAAUCGAUGACCAAAAUCAAGAAAAACCCCAAGUCAAAGAAGACGGCAAAGGCGUAUCCGCAUGGGAAAAGCCCGGGCAUCGUUAAGCUCAACGACCAGAAACCCAAAUACCAAGUCACCGACAUCUCGGGCAAGAUUGCGAGUCGCUCGAAUGCGACACUGAGCCUACACUGGAAUGUGCAGCCGUGGGUGGGGGCUUUGGUCUGGACAAAUCGCAAGCCGUAUGGGAGAUGGCAGGGGCUGAAGGGCGGGCUGGACAAGUUUGCUUUCCCGGCGUUGAAGAGUAGCGAGACGAUUAAGAAGGAGGACCUCAGGACGGAGACGGGUGGGGAGAGGAAUCGUGGUAGCCCUGCGUAG